AGCGCACAAACCUAUUAUUACGAAUGAAAAAUAUACCGGCCAAGUCCUAAAUUUGAAUAUUUAAAAUAAUCUAAUCCAGCGCUACAAGAAACCGUUUUUACAACUUUAUUGAUUGAUAACUGAUUUAUUCCAGAAUGGUUAAAGCACGGAAGGAAGUAAAAAGUGAAAGCAAGAAAAAACGUAUGAAGAGGCAACAUGAUUUGUUGAAAGAUCGGGCUCUACAGUGGUUCAGAGACAGUGAACCAUUACCACCAAGUUUCGUGAUGCUAUAUUUAAAGGGGGGUCAAGUUCUUACAACAGCACCUGGUCAUAUGCGAGCCUUUGUGGAGAACCCAGAUGUGCUAAAUAGUUUCAAAGAGUGUGCAUUGGGACGACAAUCACAAAAUGUCACUGUCAAAACCUCAGCUGCUGUGGUUGAAGGCAAACCACCAAUUGUUAUGCCAUUCAGCAAUCCAGAACAAUACACAUGGGAUAUGUUGUGUUUCAUUAUCCCACAGCUUGUUUCUAGGGAGUCUGGGUGUGUCAGAUAUACCCCUGAAAAUAAACCUUCAUGGUGACCAAGCUGUGUGGAUUUUAAAUCCCCAAAUUGUGAUAGUAAAGUGAAUGCGACACACUGAGUGAGGGGGCAGAUGGAGUGGAGGAGAAUGUAGAGGAUGGUUUGGAUGAGGCAGAUGAUGAUCUGUGGGACUUGGGAGAAGGAGUGGGUGAGGAAGAGGAUGGAGUGUUUAAGGGGGAAGAAGAUGGAGUGGGUGUGGAGGAGAGUGCAGUGGAUGAAGGGGAGGAUGGAGUGGAUGAAGGGGAGGAUGGAGUCAGUAAGGGGGAGAAUGCAGUGGAUGAAGGGAAGGAUGGAGUGGGUAAGGGGGAGAAUGCAGUGGAUGAAGGGGAGGAUGGAGUGGGUAAGGGAGUAGAUGAAGGGGAGGAUGAAGUGGGUAAGGAGGAAGAAGAUAGAGUGGGUGUAGAAGAGAAUGGAGUGGGGGAGGAUUCAUUGAGUGAGGGAAAGAAGAUGGAGUGGGUGAAGAGGACCGAGUGGUUGAGGGGGAGGAUGGAGUGAAUGAGGGGAGGGAUAUACAGGUAGAAAACAGGGGAGUGGGUAAGGAAGAUGGAGUGUAUGCAAGGGAGGAUGACCAGGGUGAAGAGGAUGGAGUGGGUGAGAGGGUGGAUGAUGAUGAAUCAAUGGACGCAAUAGGAGAAGACACAGUUACUGUUGAUCUGAUUUUAGAAUAUUGCAAGACAGUCUGGGAAAAGCGGCAGUGCCAAAACUAUUUAAUAUGUUCAAGUUUUGGCACUAAAAUUUUGACCAAACAUAUAAAAGAUCUGAAAACAAAAGUGGCAGAUGAGGUCCUAGACUGCUGCUUCAUGGGCUUGAUUAAGCAAGAACAGAGUCCCAUGCAAUAUGUCUCCUGUGCAGUUAUGAAAGUGAUGUUCUCUGGAGAGCAGCAUGCUGUAUCAGAGUUUGAGUUUUGUGGAGAUACUGCUUUUGGUGUUUUAAAUCACAGGGACAACCAUUGGAUUCUUCUGGUAUUUUAUCAUCACCUGCACAGAAUUUGGGUGUUAGAUCCUCUCGGAGAGUUGCCAGCAACACUGAAAGAAAUUCUCCAGUUAUGGAAGUCCUAUAUGGCAGUUCGUCCAGAGCACCAGCACAGGUGGAAGUUGCUUGUCAAACCCCACCCCAAACAGCUUGACAGUUCAUCCUGUGGCGUUUUCUGUGUACAAUUUGCAGAAAAAAUACUGAAAGGAGAGCCACUGAAGUUUCCACAAGAUGCAGAUUCUGUUGUAAGCUAUCGUUUGAAGAUGCUGCAACUUAUUGCAAUGAAUCAAGAUCCAAUUGAAGACAUAUGCCGUCUUUGUGGAAAAAGUGAUUUGUCUGAAGAAUGGAUUGGUUGUGACAACUGCCCAAAGUUUUGGGUGCAUUUCAAUUGCUUGUCAAAGCAAGUGAAGACCAUCAGAGGUCAAAAAUAUUCUUUGUUUGCCAAAAGGUUUACACAUGCUGUUUGUGCCACUAAGUUAGUGGCACAAACAACAUGUGUAUGCAUUUUACCACAGUUGUUAAAAAACAACAUUUGUUAUAAAUUAUUUCUCAACCAUUGCUCUGUUAACUGUUUGUAAAAAUGCCAUAACAAUAUUUGUUUGUGAACAUAACAUAUCUGUGUAGUAUUGUUGUUUAUGUAUCAAACAUAAUAUCCAAUUUUUGACUGCACACAUUAUUUUACAAAUACUGAUACAAAUAAUUGUAUAUUAUGAAUAUGCUUGAACAUUUUUCAUGUAUCUUUGUUGCAAAUGUCGUCUGAGAAGUAAUAAUUUACAUUGUGUACAUUACAUAUCAGGAAAUAUAAAGGAAUUGUUAACAAGCUGUUGAUAGCGGAACAUAAUUUUCAUUUGUGGAAUUCUUUCAUUUAUGGUAAAGCAAUUAUUAUUUCCACAUUCUAAUAAGUCUUCAAAUAGUUUUGCCUAAUCUUUUCACCAAAUAGACUGAGCUUUUCAUUGCUCAUGUUUAGUUUGUAAUUAUACUGCCUUAGUAUGGCUCUGAGUGAGGUUUGCAUGUAACAAAUAUGUUGACACAUGGUCAGCUCAUUUUGACUUUGAAGUUAAUUUGUACAAAGAAAUAAUAAUAAAAUGACUUCUUAAUUCAGUAGGAAAAAUUCACUUUGAAUCAUUUUGCAAUUUCACAUAUCAAGGUCCUUUACUUGCUAUUGAUAAAUGAUCAGUCAUAUUGAUCCUGACUCUGCAAAUUCAAUUUACUUCAAGCAUUCAUAUUUUUAGGCAAAAUGAAGGAGUAUUGUAAACAUCUAAUUUGAUGAUUACUGUUUAAGUGAUAUACACGUGUCACUAGUUUGAUGAUUACUGUUUAAGUGAUUGCACAUGUAACUAGUUUGAUGAUUGUUGUUGAAGUGAUAUGAGCAUGUAUUUUUUUAUGAUAACUGUUUAAGUGAUAUGAACACGUCAUUAUUUGUGAUGAUUGUUGUUUGGCUGAUAUGCGCAUGUCACUAGUUUGAUGAUUGUCUAUUUAAGUGAUUGCACGUGUCACUAGUUUGAUGAUUUUUUUUUUAAGUGAUAUGAACAUAUUACUAGUUUGAUGAUUGUUGUUUAAGUGAGAUGCACGUGUCACUUGUUUGAUGAUUGUUUUUUUGUGAUAUGAACAUGUCAUUUAUUUGAUGAUUGUUGUUUACGUGAGAUGCACAUGUCACUAGUUUGAUGAUUUUUGUUUUAGUGAGAUGAACAUAUUACUAGUUUGAUGAUUGUUUUUUAAGUGAUGAUUAGUUACAUGUCACUAGUUUGACCAUUGUUGUUCAAGUGAUAUGCACAGAUCAUUAAUUUGAUGAUUAUUUUUUAAGUGAUGAUUAGUUACAUGUCACUAGUUUGACCAUUGUUGUUCAAGUGAUAUGCACAGAUCACUAAUUUGAUGAUUAUUUUUUAAGUGAUGAUUAGUUACAUGUCACUAGAUUGAUGAUUGUUGUUCAAGUGAUAUGCACAGAUCACUAAUUUGAUGAUUGUUGUUUAAGUGAAUUUAAAACGCCUUCUAGAUAUGUAAUACUUUUUAGAACGUAACAACCCUUUAACAUUAUUACAUCUCUAAUUUCACGCGCAACAAAUCUUAACUUAAAUUCAAUUUCUCCCUCCUUAUAAAUUUGAAUAGUAUUAUAAACAAUGCUAGUUUGUUUCUACUCCGCUUGUUGUUUCAUUUUGCAGGCAUUUUUUUUCUUUAAUAAUACCUUUUCAACAAAUAUUCAAUGUAAACCGUGAAGGUUUAUCAUAAUGGCAAAGCUAUUAAUUAAUUAUGAUAGUUAUAUAAGUUCAAAUGUCAUAAAUUAUAUUUUUUUAUAAAUAACUAUAAUGAUCAUUCUCUUAUUGGAAUAAUAUAUUUUUUAAUUAUUUCUUUAUUUUGUUGCUGUCUAGUGUUAGCAAUAAAUAAAUGUUCAGUAUCUAUGUAGCUCAUGAUAAUAUACUACAUUAUUUGAGGUUUUGCAUGUUUAAAUGCCAUUGUUUGUAAAUAUUUCUAUCAAGUUGCCUCUGAAAUAUGUUGUCUGUAAAUACAUAUGUCUGUUUGUAAUGCUAUAACUUAUAUUUACUUUUUAUCAACUGCAAAAUUGAUACAUAUUUUGCUGCGCACUGUAACACAUAUUAUUAUCUAUUGUAUACAUUAAUGAUGUAAAUACUUGUUGUAAAUGUGUUAAGCUCUCCAUGAAUGGAGGAAAUAAAGAAUCUAUCUAUCUAUCUAUCUAUCUAUCUAUCUAUCUAUCUAUCUAUCUAUCUAUCUAUCUAUCUAUCUAUCUAUCUAUCUAUCUAUCUAUCUAUCUAUCUAUCUAUCUAUCUGUUCAAACGAAUAUAUAAUAAUUGUUUACCAUUCAAACAUAUGUUUAAGAAAUAUUUUUUGCACUAACACCAUGUGUUCAAUUUAGCAUUUAAUCCACAUCUGCCUUUACUUGAAAUAUAAAAAAAAUCAUGUUCAUAUGUGUAGGCUAAGAGCUUGUAUAAGCUUAAUUGGUUAAAAAAAUAUUGUUGUUGUUAUUGUUGUUGUCUAAGUGAUAUGCACACGUCAGUGUACUUUCAAUUUAUUUGUUAUUUCAAAAUAAAAAAAUGAUCAACCCUU